UGCUGAUGGCCAUUUAACUACUGGCGGCCAACUAGUGUUAACUGGCCAUAAUUGCCGUGCUUCCCCUUGCAAGCAAAACCAGUGCGUCAUUUUGAACUUUCGUUUCGCAACGGAUCUGCAGUUAAGUAAAUAGCAUGUUGGGGUGUCGAAACAGUCGAUGUCGCCUGUGAGAACGGGUAUUUGAAGGCGAUCGUACCCCCGGCGACGGGGUCAUAACCCAUUUUUUUCCAGAGGUAAUUUAAAAACUCCAGAUCGGUUAUAUUUUGGAAACGCUCGGGGACUAUUUUCCAAGCGCAGGGAUCGCGGAGGUUUUCUCGGGGUGACGAGGCCCAAAAAGCCAUGUGCUGCUUUGUUUACAAUAACAUCCUCCAUCACAGAAAAUAACGCGCCGGAGACGCCGAUUAUCUGCCGUUUUGUCGACCUCGGUAGUGAAUGGUCCAACGUUGUUUAGGUGCCUACAGGACUUCAGCUGGCGUUAAUACUUUACUAGAAAUGCAAGAAGUUCCUGCAGGAGUUUUACACCGAAGAUUACUCUGGGAAGAAAGUGUUUAAAUAUGGAGCUCAGCUUGUGGCGCUUGCCCACCGGGAGCAGGUGGCCCUCCAUGUGGACCUGGACGAUGUGGGUGAGGAGGACCCGGAGCUCGUCGAGAGCAUCAGCGAGAACACAAAACGCUACGUCGCCUUGUUUGCCGACGCCAUCCAUGAGUUGUUGCCAGACUACAGAGAGAGAGAUGUUGUGGCCAAGGAUUCCCUGGACGUGUACAUUGAACACAGACUGAUGAUGGAACAGAGAGGUCGCGACCCCGCAGAUACAAGGGACCCUCACAACCAGUACCCAGCUGAGCUUAUGAGAAGAUUUGAGCUGUACUUCAAGGCUCCCAGCACAGCCAAGCCCAAAGUGGUACGUGAUGUGCGUGCCGAUAGCAUUGGGCAGCUGGUGGUGGUGAGGGGCAUCGUAACCCGUGCCACUGAGGUCAAACCAAUGAUGGCUGUCGCUACCUAUACCUGCGACCUGUGUGCUGCUGAGACAUAUCAACCAAUCCAGUCCCCGUCCUUCAUGCCCCUCAUUAUGUGUCCCAGUCAGGAGUGUGUCACCAACAAGUCAGGGGGUCGCCUUUACCUGCAGACCAGGGGCUCGAAGUUUGUAAAGUUUCAGGAGCUGCGCAUUCAGGAGCAUAGUGAUCAGGUGCCCGUCGGAAACAUUCCAAGGAGCAUGACUGUAUUUGCUCGUGGUGAGAACACACGUGUGGCCCAGCCUGGAGACCACGUAGCCAUCACAGGCGUAUUCCUUCCUCUGUUGCGCGCCGGCUACAGACAGGCUGUGCAGGGUCUUCUGUCAGAGACUUACCUGGAGGCACACAGCAUCACCCUUAUGAACAAGUCCGAGGACGAUGAACUAGGCACUGAGGAGCUGAAUGAGGAGGAGCUUCGCAGUAUCGCAGCCGAGGAGGAAUUCUAUGAGAGACUGGCAGGCUCCAUCGCUCCAGAGAUCUUUGGGCAUGAAGAUGUGAAGAAGGCUCUUCUGCUGCUCUUGGUUGGAGGAGUACAGCAGGCCCCUAAAGGCAUGAAGAUUAGAGGCAACAUAAAUAUCUGCCUGAUGGGGGAUCCAGGCGUGGCCAAGUCUCAGCUGCUCUCCUACAUCGACCGCCUGGCUCCUCGGAGUCAGUACACGACCGGUCGGGGCUCAUCUGGCGUGGGUCUGACUGCAGCAGUGAUGCGUGACCCUCUGACUGGAGAGAUGACCCUGGAGGGAGGGGCCUUGGUGCUGGCCGACCUGGGCGUCUGCUGCAUCGAUGAAUUUGACAAGAUGGCCGACGCAGACCGGACAGCCAUCCACGAGGUGAUGGAGCAGCAGACAAUCUCCAUUGCUAAGGCGGGCAUCAUGACCUCUCUUAACGCCCGGUGCUCCAUCCUGGCAGCAGCCAACCCUGCCUAUGGCCGCUACAACCCCCGGAAAAGCAUAGAGCAGAACAUUCAGCUGCCGGCUGCGCUGUUGUCCCGUUUCGACCUGCUUUGGCUGAUCCAAGAUAAGCCUGACGCUGACGCGGACCUGCGGCUUGCACAGCACAUCACCUAUGUGCACCAGCACUGCCGCCAGCCGCCAACACACUUCACCCCCAUCGACAUGAAGUUGAUGAGGCGCUACAUUUCCUUGUGUAAGAAGCGGCAGCCUGUGGUGCCUGAGGCUCUGGCCGAUUAUAUCACCGCUGCCUACGUGGAGAUGAGGAAGGAGGCACGUGUCAGCAAGGACACCACCUUCACCUCUGCUCGUACCCUCCUCUCCAUCCUCCGCCUCUCCACAGCCCUGGCUCGCCUUCGCAUAGUGGACACCGUGGAGAAAGAGGAUGUUAAUGAGGCAAUGAGGCUGAUGGAGAUGUCAAAGGACUCAUUGCAAGCUGACAAGUCAAGCACCACAAGAACUCAGCGCCCUGCUGAUGUGAUCUUCUCUCUGUUGCGUGAGCUUGCCACUGAGGGUGUGAUGGGCCGUGGCGGAGCCGGCGGAGUGGUGCGCAUGGCCGAGGCGGAGCAGAGGUGCGUGUCCCGGGGAUUCACCCCGGCUCAGUUCCAGGAGGCGUUGGAGGAGUACGAGGAGCUGAACGUAUGGCAGGUCAACCAGGCCCGCACCCGCAUCACAUUCAUCUGAAGAAACUCACCCUUAGGACGCGGUCGCCUAAGGAGAACUUUGCACAGGCUUUCAAAGACUUGAAUGAGGCGCUUUAUUUUUAAACUGUCCGAUUGUUAAAAACAAGUUACUUUUUAUAUAUAUAUAUAUAACAUUUCCAGUUGCAGAUUCAAAACUUCACAUUAUUUUGAGCACUCACUGUUCAUGAAUAAAAUUGCUUGUAAAUAUGUAAUAUGAAAAGUCUUGACUUUUUUCGGGGGGGCUCACCAAUUGUAUCCAGCCAAUUACCCCAGUCUCCCGAGCCAUCCCAGUCGCUGCUCCAUCCCCUCUGCCGAUUCGGGGAGGGCUGCAGUCUACCACAUGUCUCCUCUGAUACAUGUGGAGUCGCCAGCCGUUUCUUUCUACCUGACAGUGAGAAGUUUCACCAGGAGGACGUAGCGCGUGGGAGGAUCACGCCAUUCCCCCCAGUUCUCCCUCCCCCCUGAACGGGUGCCCCAACCAACCAGAGGAGGUGGUAGUACAGCGACCAGGACACAUACCCACACCUGGCUUUCCACCCGCAGACACGGCCUAUUGUGUCUGUAGGGAUACCUGACCAAGUCGGAGGUAACACGGGGAUGCGAGACCAGUGUUGGUAGGCAACAGAAUAGACCACUAGGCUACCUGGACGCCCCCUCGGACUCCAUUAUGGGAGAUGUGCUGUGCUGAACUGCAGUUUUCCAGUUUAAAAUUAUGCAGUGUCUGAACAUUUUACUAAUAUGUUGUAAUACAGAUCAGUCUCAGAAGCACACUGUGUAGUCCAACUUCAAUUGGUGUGCUAACCUUACAUUGUGGC